AUGGCGUCCAGGGGUCUCUCUCCCUUUGGGUCGCGACAGACCACGCCGAUAUCGAGUCCGUCUCACCCGCAAGACCUCGAUAUGCGCCCCGACGCUCACGAUCAACGGGAGGAACUUGAACCAUUCCUCAUAAGCCACGAAGAUGUCGCGGAAGAACGACUCACAACAAGACUUGUCCAGCAAAUUUCACGAAUAUGGCGCAAGGCGCAAGUCUUGAUCGCCUCGGAGCAGGCAGUUGGCAUCUUCAAAUGCAGCCUUGCUUAUUUACUUGCAUCUUUGGCAGUUUUCAUCCCAUUUAUCGGGAGUUUGUUGGGUAACCAAUAUGGAAAACAUUUGGUCGCGACUAUCACGAUCUACUUCCACCCAGCCAGAUCGCAGGGUAGCACUGAUAUGCGCCUUCGUCGCUUUUCUUUUGCGACGUUCCUCUCCUUAUCGAGUAUGUGGGUGACCAUCACUAUUGAAAGAAAGCAUGACUUGAUUGAGUUGGGUCAUGCUGUGGUGUUGAUUGUCUUCGUUAUGGGUGGAUUUGGAUUUAUUGGAUGGAUUAAACAGAGAUUGCAAGACCCGCUUGUCAAUGUUGCGUGUUCCUUGGCUUCUCUAGCCUCCAUUCUGGUCAUCACGAAAGAAGGCGCUGUCCAGACAGGUGACCUCUCCAUCACAAAAAUAUCUCAGAUCCUCAGGAUGCUUCUUUUGGGUAUUGGUGUUUCGACGGCUGUGUCCUUGUUGAUACUGCCUGUUUCUGCGCGGAAGAAAUUCCGUGGAGAUCUCUCUACUUUAACGGGCACAGUCACGGGGAUGCUAAUGAUUAUUACCGAGAGUUUCCUCCGCGGUACAGACCGUGAACUCCAAACGGCCGAGUUUGCGAAGCUGUCCGCACAUCAUGACAAAGUUUUUGGCCGGUUGAAGACGAUGCUUGGUGAGACCAAACUCGAGCACUACGUGUCUGGAACGAAGCGAGAGCACGCGCUUGAGAAACGCCUUGUGUGUUUCAUGCAAGAUAUCACGCAUGGCCUAGGAGGUCUACGCAGUGCAGUUGCUUUGCAGUCGAAAUUACUUGCACCGACUAAAUAUACAACAAGAACGCCACAGUCCUCGGCCAGGAUAACGGAAUUCUCCAAUCUUGCCAUUCCCACCCCCUCAGGGCUAGUUGGCGAGUCUCACCCUAUCUCAUCGGCAGGUAGACAACACUUUGAUGAUCAAUCUCCCGGCCUGAUAUCCGAAGUGGGACAACAGUCCUCUUCAGUUUACUCUCCUGCUGACAUUUUCGAGAAACUAACAUCUGGACUUGAAGUGUCUAUCCUUUCACUUGCUCAUACACUGAGAGAGUUAUUUGCUGAAAUUUCCUUUGGACCUGCACCCGACUAUCGACUUUCAAUCAACGAUGGUGUGACCACACGCAUCAACGAAGCUGUGAAUCAAUACCGAGAAGCCAGACAUGCUGCCUUUUCUUCGCUGCGUCGUGAUUGGGAGACGAUAUCUCCCGCUCAGGUGGACAAGGCCAGCCUUGAGGAAAUCUUCGCCAAUUGCGAGUAUUUCUCCGUCUCUUUGCUUGAGCUGAGUGAGCAGCUAAGAGAGUUGAUUUUGAACUUAGAGGAGCUGCAGGCUGAGGUUGAUGAAAGACCAGACGGAAGGUCCUGGGAGUGGCUGCGUCCUUCAUGGUGGCCGGCUCGUCAAGAACGAGUGAUAGAUCCAGCCGAAGUGUCAGCCUUAAGAAAUGACCAUGCUGCAGCCAAUGCGCGAAGCUCAUUGCGAAUGGCGAAUACUAGCGACCAUCCCGAGGUUAUACAUCGAGGAUGGACACGGCACCAAAGGUCCAAUAGCGAUGCUGUGAGACUGUUCGAUUUCUUGCGAAAAGAUGAGAUCAAGCAUCGGAGCAGCGCUUUAUGCCUUGCCUUCUUUCAUAUCCGUGACAAGACCAUUCUAUCUCUCCUGGAGGGGGAAUGGGGUCUUGUCUCAUACAUGUUGGUGUGCUCUAUGACCAUCGGUGCAUCAAACACUACAGGAUUUGCUCGUUUCCUCGGAACUUGUCUUGGGGGUCUUUGUUCGAUCUGUGCUUGGUACCUCGCAGGAGGUGAUGCUGUGAAGCUCGCAUUGACAGGCUUUGCCAUGGCCAUCGGGCUAUUCUACAUCAUUCUUGUCAAAGGACAAGGGCCCAUGGGGCGAUUCAUUCUACUCACCUACAACCUCUCUGUUCUCUAUGCUUUCGCUCACUCGCGAGUGGAUAUCGAUGACCCGAACGACAAAGGCGAACACCUCGAUAUCACCUCGAUUGUUCUCCGCCGGGUCAUCUCUGUCAUAACAGGCAAUAUUUGGGGCAUCAUUAUCACUCGAGGAAUCUGGCCCAUUCGCGCACGAGCAAAACUGGACGAAACCCUGCAAUCACUGUGGCUUCGACUGGCUCUGGUUUGGGAAUCCGAUCCACUGAACACGAUAUCCAAGGGAGACGCAAGUGGCCCUGUUCUGUAUCUGAACCCCCGCGACAAAGCCGAGAUCGAGCGUCUUCUCUCUCAACUUGAACCUAUGCAGAACUCGGCACGCUCCGAGUUUGAACUGAGAGAUCGAUUCCCGGAUGCUGCUUACAGUAAUGUCAUUCGCUGGACGAGAGGCAUUGUGGACAACUUUCAUUCCAUGGACCUAGUCCUUUCUAAUCUCGCUACGCCCUCUGAAGGACAUAUUUCACUUUUGAGACAUACGACUACUGCCAGACAGAGGAUGUCCGAGUGCAUCGGUAAUCUUCUCGCAAAUAUAGCGUCAGCCGUGGAUCUUGGACAUACCUUCAACGAUGCCGCUCCGAAUGUAGAGCGGUCUCGAGACGAACUUUUGGCACAGAUUUCUCGAUAUCGUCUGGAUAAGAAGGCAUCUCACACGACGAAUGAUGAAGACUAUGUGUUACUCUACGCCUAUAUCAUUGUGAGUCGCCAAUUGUCGAAUGAGAUUGUUCAAAUCACGGCGGAAUUGGGUCGCAUUUUCCCGGCUUCGGAUGGGGAGUUAGUUGGUGCUGUGCGAGUGUAA